UCUUUCACGGCAGCCUGGCCAGUCUCACCAUUCGCCCUGGCAAAAUGGAAAGCCAGAAGGUGAUUUCCUGUUUGCAAGCUUGCAAAGAAGGGCUGGAUAUUAAUUCCUUGGAAAGCCUCGGCCAAGGAAUAAAGUAUCACUUCAACCCCUCGCAGUCUGUCCUGGUGAUGGAAGGUGAUGACAUUGGGAACAUCAACCGUGCCCUCCAGAAGGUCUCCUACAUCAACUCCAGGCAGUUCCCAACAGCGGGUGUGCGGCGCCUCAAAGUCUCUUCUAAAGUUCAGUGCUUCGGGGAAGACGUGUGCAUCAGUAUCCCCGACAUGGAUGCCUAUGUGAUGGUGCUGCAGGCCAUGGAGCCCCAGAUCACCCUCCAGGGCACAGACCACUUCUGGAGACCUGCUGCCCAGUUUGAAAGUGCCAGAGGAGUGAUCCUCUUCCCUGACAUCAAGAUCGUGAGCACCUUCGCCAAAGUUGAGGCUCCUGGGGACGUGAGAACCACAGCCCCCAAAUCAGCAGUCUUAGAAGAAAUGCUUCACAAUUUAGACUUCUGUGACAUUUUGGUGCUUGGAGGGGACUUGGACCCAAGACAGGAGUGUCUGGAGCUCAACCACAGUGAGCUCCACCAACGACACCUAGAUGCCACUAACUCCACUGCAGGUUAUUCCAUCUAUGGUGUGGGCUCCAUGAGCCGCUAUGAGCAGGUACUGCGUCAUAUCCACUACCGCAACUGGCGUCCUGCUUCCCUUGAGACUCGGAGAUUCCGGAUCAAGUGCUCAGAACUCAAUGGGCGAUACACUAGCAAUGAGUUCAACUUGGAGGUCAGCGUCCUCCAUGAAGUUAGAGUUUCAGACAAGGAGCAUGUCAAUCAUCUUAUCGUACAGCCUCCCUUCCUCCAGUCCGUGCAUCACCCUGACUCCCGGAGCAGCAUCCAACGCAGUUCAGUGGUCCCAAGCAUCGCAACAGUGGUCAUCAUCAUCUCCGUGUGCAUGCUGGUGUUUGUGGUGGCCAUGGGUGUGUACCGCGUCCGGAUUGCCCACCAGCAUUUCAUCCAGGAGAAUGAGGCUGCCAAGGAGGCUGAAAUGGAUUGGGACGACUCUGCGCUAACUAUCACAGUCAACCCCAUGGAGAAACAUGAAGAACCAAGGCAUGGGGAAGAUGAUACUGAAGGAGAGGAGGAGGAAGAGGAAGCAGAAGAAGACAUAAGUUCCAGCAGCGGUGACUCUGAUGACAGCGAAGAGGAGGAGGAAGAAGAAGGGAUGGGCAGAGGCAGACAUGGGCAGAGUGGAGCCAGGCAAGCCCAGCUAGAGUGGGAUGACUCCACCCUCCCCUACUAGUGGCCCAUGGUCUGCUACACAACCUGUUUGCCCCUUUUGUAAGCCCAACCAGAUGUUUGCCCAAGUCUAUCACACCUCACCUCUGAUUUCUAUGACAGGUCUGGGAAGGCCUUUCCCAGCAUCGUGGAACCCACCACCUUUUAUGCCUCAGACAUUCCCUGUGUCCCAGCCAGGGGGUGGUUCCAAGAAGCCCAGUGUCAUCAUUAAUGAGGACUUCAGGGUAGAUUUUGUCCUGUAGCCCUGCUUCUCCUGCCCUGAUCCACUCAGCAUCCUGUUAGCCAGUCUACAGAGUUCUGCUUUUACCAUCUCUGCAGGGAGGUCUGCUUUAGGUUGUUCACCUCCCCCCAAGCUCACUGUUUCCAGGGCCCUUGGGUUUCAACUCACUGUGUGCACCUUUCUGAAUCAUCUUUCUCCACAAGACCAGCAGUCCCUCCUUAACAUUGAUUCUCCAGGUCACUUUAUACAGAGAGAAUGGUUGAACUUUGUACAUGUAAGGUCUUAGUGCUUAACACUAUAAAAGGAAGUCUUUGUUGAGGCAGAAGUUAAGUUUACAAAAAAGGUUUAUACACACACGCACACACAAACGUGCACAUACACACACAGCUUCAAGAGCCUUUCCCUUUGCUCCUUUCCGAGGCCACAUAAACUUACAUGAAAAGCCCAAAACCAAGAACAGGUCUUUAGCCACAGUGGGCCCUGGUCCUGAGCUGCCUGCCUAGGUAAACCGUUGAGACCUGAGAGGUUGCCCUGCCAUGGGCCACCACAGAAAACCACAGGACCCAGGGAGCAUUGCGCACAGCUAGGACUAGCCCACAGCCAGAAAGUGGAAGGAGAGGAUGAGAGAUGACAUAGGUGGGUUUCAUGGAGAAUGCAGAGCUGGGAGAUGAGGUGGAAUGGCUGGCUCUCCCUGGGCAAAGGGACCCCCAAGUUUGGUGAGGCUCUUACCAUCUAGCCUCAUGAUCCUUAUCUCCUAUUUCAUUGUUUUAUCUCCUGAAAAUACAACUCUUUUUUUUUUUUUUUGAAUGUAUUGGGACAAGAAUGAGCUGCGGAGUCUAAAAUCCAAGUUUAGAAAUCUAGCUGCUAAAAAUUAGAAGCAUAUUUGUGAUAAUAGCCGCUGCUUCUUUCUUUUUCUCAUAAAAGGAAGAACACUUUGGGUAGAGGGCAAAUAUAUCUGAAAACCUAAUUUCUUUUUUUUUUCUUUCUUCCUUUUUUUAAAUAAGAAAAUCUUUUCCAAUUCCAAGCUAACAUGGACACCUCAUGAGGAGAAUUGUUGCUAUAGUAACUGGUCUAUGAUCUUUUACGGCCAAGAGACUAAGAAGCCAGAAUUAUGGCUCUUAUAUGACUUCCACAAGGCUGAGAACAUGUUUGUUUCAACCGUCUUGGGUUCGUCUUCAUCCUUAGUAUGUGUGAUCUGUCCCCAUCCUCCCACCCCUCCCCAAGCCUAGUCCGUAUUGGUUGGACACAGGCACCAAGCUGAUCCCUAGUCAAGCGGCAUUGAGGCUUGACAGAAGGUUCAGGAUCUGGUCAUCCAUUAAAGUCUUCAAGUCCAGACUCUGCCCAGGCAGGCUUUUGGAACCUUCUGAUUUAGGAAAACCUUAUACACCUUUUUCCAUCUCCUAAAGCAUUUUCUGCAUCGGUUUCCUCCCUUAAACCUCACAGUAAUAUCAUUAGGACAUUUUCUUGAUGAGUAGACCAAAACAUGGAGAUUCAGUGUCUUGCUCAGAGUAGCUCAGAUUGUCCUUGUUGCUACAAGGCAGAGUCCCCACACUCCACUCCUAGUCCACAGUUCUACUUACAGUCAUAUUUAUGCCCCUACCAAGCAUGGCUGGGGACCUACUUCUGUGUGCAAAGCACUCUCCCAGCACUGGAGGAAGGGGAUAAAGCUGAAUAAGACAAGCUUGUCCCCACAGAGGACUUUAUAGCUGCAGAGAGGAAACAAACAGGCCUAGAAAUUAUCCAAGAGACACAUGAAAAAGGAGGGAGAGGGUAAAUCACAGGAGAAGGGGGGAGUGUUCACAACGCAGCAGUGCUCUUCUUUUUCUCUUCUGAGGGAAAGCAUUAGGAGAAGUGUGGGGUACUGCAUUCAUUAAAUGGAAAUAGACUCUUCUGUGAGUUCUGCUAACCAAAUAGCCCUCUUCUGUCAGCUGCAUCUGCACAUCUACAUGGAGAAGGUCUGCAGGACUGGUUCGUCUUUGCCAUCCCAUUAUUUUAAUUAAAGGAAAUUCUUUAGUUGGUCAUUUAGGAGCUACUAAACUCUGCCAAAUUGUUGCUGCAAAAGAAACACUUGAAGUGUUUCAAACGAAUUCUUUUUGCAUCAGGUUCUGAGUUAAGAUAUGUAAGGACUGUGUGUAUGACAGCACUUUUUUCUCUGCUCAGUCUUUUUGUUUGGUUGGGAGGGGAAGGUGUUCCUCAGCCCUCUGGCUGUCUCUGGUGGUCCCAUUACCUUUUUGUGGUGGAGUGAGCUGCUUGGAUCAUUGUGAAAUCUUGAUGUAUUUUAGGGCUUUUUUGGGGAGGUGGGGGAGGCAGUGCUGGUGAAAUUGGCACAUGAGUUAGGGCAAGAAAGCUGAGUGAUCCAAAGAGACUUUUGGUAACAGGAAAUCAGAGCCCUUUCCCUCAGCUCUUGCUGCAAGCAGUCACUCUCUGUCGGCCCACUCCAGAUAUGAGGCACUCUGGUGUUGCUGACGGGUCCCAGGCAUUUUUCUGCUUUCCUAGGACCCUAUUCAUCACCAUGGGUGAGAACAAGAUCAAAGUACUUAGAGAAGAAAAACACGAUCUUCAGGAAGUAUCCAGGUGAAUGGAGGAAAUAUAAUGUGCCCUCCACCAGAUAUUCUGACCACGAGUGGAAAGCGUGACUAGACAGCCUAGCAUUUCCUAGCCUCCUUACGUUGGCAUCCCGGAGCCGAGACUUUCGGUUCUCUUCGACACCCUGUGACCUCUCAUUCUGACAGUAGCAGUCAGGCAGAUGCAGGCUCAUACCCAGGAGGAACUGCUGACUGGUUGGGCCACAGACCAGUCUGUUGUUAGUCUUGCCAAGUAGAAGAUCAGAUUCUGUAAUCCAGAGCUCAAAACUAGAAAGGCUGCCACCUCUCAGGUGACUCAGAUGACAAGGAGCAGGAGGAAGUCGAGGUUGAGAUUGGAAAAGGCCAGAAUGAGUUGCCCUAGGGGCUAGUACAAUAAACCAGUUGGUGACCUGUCUUAAAGGACACUAAAAGCAUAUUCUACUUACAGCAUUUAAUCAAAUGCUGUAAGUCUGACCAAGGCCCAAAUUCAUCUAAAUACCAAAAACGUGAUUUCAGUGUAAUCUCUUAACAAGGGCUAUACCUUGUAGAUAUGGUCCCUCCAUGAGAGAGCUCCUGGUGGGAAACAAUGUCCUUCAUUCCUUUAUGUCAUGGAUUGGCAGACUCAACCUGUGAAGUGCCAGUGAGUAAACAUUAGGGCUUUGCAGCCCAUAUGGUCUCUGUUGCAAGGACUCAGCUCUGCUGUUGUAGCAUUAAAGCAGCCUCAGACAGUACAUAAAUGAAUGAACAUUGCAUUGAUCAUCUUUAUGUUCCAAAAAACUUUAGUUAUGGACACUGGAAAAGCAAGCAUUUGAAUUCAUAUAUGUUCAUGCUUCACAAUUUUUUUUUAAUUUCGUUCAUUUUUAUUUUAAACCACUCAAAAAUAUUUUAAAAAGGAAAAAAACUUUCACAGCCUUCAGGCCACAGAAAAACGAGCAGCCAGGCCCAUUUGGCUGGAAGGCCACAGUUUGCUGACUCCUUCCACACAUGCAUGGAAAGUAGACUUCCGCUUCCCAGGAAAAGGCAAACUGCUAUCUCAGCCCCCAUCCACUACCAGUGGUGUUUGCCUCCCAACUGAAAAACAGGAAAACUCCCUAAUCCUUACCUAAGCUCUUUUAAAAGUCCAUGUCCAGUUAUGUCACUGGACUCCCACAUAGUCAACCACCGUUCACGUCCCGGACCCAGUGGCUUAGA